AUGGCACUUUCUUCUUCUUCAUCAUCAACAACCAUUUUUGCCAUAGCUUUGUUCACACUUUUUCUUAUAGGAAGUUCUUCUGCUCAACUCUCUGAGAACUUUUAUGCCAAGAAAUGUCCCAAGGUUUUCGUUGCUGUAAAAUCCGUGGUUCAAUCUGCUGUGGCUAAAGAACCUCGCAUGGGAGCUUCUCUCCUUCGCCUCUUCUUUCAUGACUGCUUUGUCAAUGGUUGCGAUGGAUCAGUGCUACUUGAUGGCCCUUCCUCAGAAAAGACUGCACCUCCCAACGAUAAGUCUUUGAGAGGUUAUGAAGUCAUUGAUGCCAUCAAGUCCAAGGUUGAGGAAGUUUGCCCCGGAGUAGUCUCAUGUGCUGAUAUAGCAGCCAUUGCUGCUCGUGACUCUGUAACUAUUCUUGGAGGGCCAUUUUGGAAGGUUAAACUUGGUAGAAGGGAUUCCACGACUGGAUUCUUCCAACUUGCGAGCAGUGGGGCUCUCCCAUCUCCAGCUUCUUCCCUCAGCACCCUCAUCUCAAGCUUUAAAGCUCAUGGCCUCUCUGCCAAGGACAUGGUUGCCUUAUCUGGAGCACACACAAUUGGGAAGGCAAGGUGUGCUAGUUAUGAAAGUCGCAUAUACAAUGAGAAGAACAUUGACAGCUUGUUUGCCAAGGCAAGGCAAAAGAACUGUCCAAGAAAUAGUGCUGGGACACCAAAAGAGAACAAUGUAGCACCACUAGACUUCAAAACUCCUAACCAUUUUGACAACAACUACUACAAGAACCUCAUCAACAAGAAGGGCCUCCUUCAUUCUGAUCAAGUUCUCUUCAAUGGAGGAUCCACAGAUUCACUUGUUAGAGCUUACAGCAACAAUCAGAAGGCCUUUGAGUCUGAUUUUGUCACUGCAAUGAUUAAGAUGGGUAACAUCAAACCUUUAACUGGGUCAAAUGGACAGAUAAGGAGGAAUUGCAGAAGGCCAAAUUAG